GGUGGAAGGGGCUCGGCAGAGGCAGGAGCGCAGCCUGGUGCAGAUGCAGAUGGCCGUGCACCGCUUUCGGGAGCAGCAUCCUUCUGUGAACAUGGUCUCCAUCCUCUCCCUGCCUUUGCCGGAGCUCUCUGAGAAACUGCGGGAUGGCUCCCUCCCUCCGGAGCAUGUCUUCUACUCCUAUGUGGGCAAGGCCCUCCAAAUCGCCACAGAAACCAACUGCAUCACGGAGUAUCUGCAGGAAAGUGAGACCCAGCUCCGGAAAGCGAAGCUGCCAGAGAAGCUGGGUUUGCUCUACGGGGUGCCUGUCAGCAUCAAAGACUCCAUCGACUGUGAGGGCCAUGAUUCCACAUUAGGGUUUAUAAAAAACCUCAACAAACCCGCGGCAGAGGACAGCGUGGUGGUGCAGGUGCUCAGGAGACAGGGAGCAAUUCCGUUCGUCAAAACCAACGUUCCCCAGUCCCUCAUCAGUUAUGACUGCAAGAACUUAAUCUUUGGUCAGACGUUCAACCCUCUGCUCUACACCAGAAGCCCUGGAGGCUCCUCUGGUGGAGAAGGGGCACUGGUAGGAGGAGGUGGGUCCAUCCUGGGCAUUGGGACAGAUGUUGGAGGGAGCCUGCGUUUCCCUGCUGCCUUCUGUGGGAUCUGUGCACUCAAACCCACUGGGAACAGACUCAGUAAAAAAGGAAUCAUUUCUGGUGUCCUUGGGCAGAAGGCAGUGGUCGCAGCGGUGGGGCCGAUGGCGAAAGAUGUGGAGAGCCUGGCGCUGUGCAUGCGGGCGCUCCUGUCCGAGGACAUGUUCAACCUGGACAGCACAGUGCCCCCCCUUCCCUUCAAAGAAGAGGUAUAUUCCAGCACGCAGCCCCUCCGAAUAGGCUACUAUGAAACCGAUUUCUUCACCAUGCCAAGCCCUGCCAUGAGACGCGCCGUUCGGGAGAUGAAGCAGCUGUUGGAGGAUGCUGGCCACACGCUGGUGCCCUUUGAACUGACAAAUGUGGACUACAUGCUCUUUAACUUCUGUGUCAAGGGAAUGUUUGCAGAUGGGGGCACCUCCUUUCUCAAGAAAUUCAAAGGGGAGCUGGAGAAAAGUAGCAUGGGGCUGUUCUUCUGGUUGGCGAAGUCACCAAGCUGGCUAAAAACUGUCCUCUCCUGGAUUGCCAAACCCUUCAUGCCUCGAUUUUCACAUAUCAUAAGAAGUAUGAGAGCAAACACUGUGGAUGAAGUCUGGAGUCUUCAUUGUGAAAUCGAGGAUUUUUGCCACCAGUUCAUCGCUCAGUGGAAGAAGCUGAAUCUGGAUGUCAUGCUUUGUCCCAUGCUGGGCCCAGCUCUUGGCAUCGGCUACCCUGGGAAGCUCUCAGUGGCAGUCAGCUACACCAUGCUCUACAACGCCUUGGACUUCCCCGCCGGCGUGGUCCCCGUCACGACGGUGACUGACGAGGAUGAGCAGGAGCUGAAGGGCUACAAGGGGUACUUUCGGGACUGGUGGGACCGCACCCUGGCGAAGGCUUUUCACGGCAGCGUGGGGCUGCCCGUGGCUGUGCAGUGCGUGGCCUUGCCGUGGCAGGAGGGGCUGUGCCUCCGGUUCAUGAAGGAGGUGGAGGCACUCGCCCUGAAGAAAAACAGGCUCUUCUGAGUCCCUGCACCCUCACCCGCUGCGGGAUCCCGGCUGGAAUCGGCGUGAGGCCACCUUUUGGUCCGACUGGCCCGCAGGACUCCUGUUCCCUUCCACGAGGACAUGGUGAUGGCUGGGCUGGCUGCUGGCUUUGGGGCACAAGGGGAGAGCGAGGCGGGAUCCGCAGUGGUGGAGUGCUUCCAGUCAUUGUCCUAAUACAGUAGUUGUUUUUUUUUUGUUAUCGAAAA